AUGGUCGUCGCUAACAAUCACGAUGAAGUUGAAAGAGGAAAUUUACUGGUUACAACGCCAACAACAUCAAUAGUUGCAACAGAAACUAAAUAUAAUCAAGUAAUUUUAAACGAUAAUCGUGAUAAUUGGAGUAAUCGUAUUGUUUAUCUACUAUCAAUUAUUGGUUUUGUUGUUGAUCUCGGCAAUGUUUGGCGUUUUCCAACAACUUGUUAUCGAAAUGGAGGUGGUGCCUUUCUCAUUCCUUAUUUUAGUUUUUUAUUUCUUGUCGGUCUUCCUUGUAUGUAUAUGGAAUUGGCUAUUGGACAAUAUCAUCGUCUCGGUUAUAUAACAAUAUGGGAAAAAGUUUGUCCACCAUUAAAAGGUAUUGGCUAUGCAAUGUUAAUUAUUAAUUUCUAUGUUUUAUCAUAUUAUAAUACAAUAAUUGCAUGGUCCGUCCAUUAUUGUUUAGCAUCAUUUCGUACUAUUGUACCAUGGGCAUAUUGUAAAAAUAGUUGGAAUACAGAACAUUGUUAUUCAUUACAUGAUAAACAAACUCUUAAUGUAUCACAUAAUGGAACAUGUUCAGCAGCUGAUGAAUAUUUUGAACGACGUUUACUUAAAUCUUAUCUAGCACCAAAUAUUAAUCAUAUAGGUUCAUUACAAUGGGAAUUAGUUGGAUGUUCAAUGAUUGUUUUUCUUCUUAUUUAUUUAUCAAUAUUUAAAGGUGUUAAAACAGCUGGUAAAGCAAUAUGGUUUACAGCAUUAGCACCUUAUUUUAUACUUGCUAUAUUAUUAUUACGUUCAUUAACACUUGAUGGAAUAUUUGAAGGAUUAAAAUAUUAUAUUGCACCAUCAUUUAAACGUUUACGUGAAUAUUCUGUAUGGCAAGCAGCAGCUGUACAAAUAUUUUUUAGUUUAGGACCUGGUUUUGGUGUUUUACUUAGUUAUGCAAGUUUUAGUGAUACACAUGAUAAUGUUUCUAGUACAGCAUUAAUUGCUAGUUUAGUUAAUUGUGCUACUAGUCUUUUAUAUGGCACAGUUGUUUUUGCUGGUCUUGGAUAUCUAUCACAUCGUUUACGUACUGAUGUACAACAAUUGACUCAAAGUAAUACAGGUCUUGUCUUUGUUGUUUAUCCAGAAAUUUUAGCAUCAAUACGUGGUGCACCAAUUUUUUCCGUUCUUUUCUUUGUUAUGGUUUUUACAUUAGGACUUGAUAGUGUAUUUGCCGGUGCCGAAAGUGUAUAUACAGCAAUAUCUGAUGAAUUUCCAAUAUUUGCUCGUUGUCCUCGUUUAUCACGUGCAUUGGUUAUAUUAAUUCCAUUUUUAGCAUCAAUACCAACAUUAACACAUGGCGGAAAACAUAUUGUUAAUUUUAUGGAUUUUUUUGGUACAUCACCAUCAAUUAUGUUUGUUGUUCUAUGUGAACUUAUAGCGACAGUAUGGUUAUAUGGAUUUGAUCAAUUUAGUAAUAAUGUUGAAAUGAUGACUGGACAUAAACCAAGUAUUUAUUGGCGUAUUACCUGCCGUUAUGUUGCACCAUUAAUUCUUUUUAUUCUCUAUGUAUGUUCAUUUAUUCAGUUUGAUAGUCGGGAAUUUUCUUCAGUUGGUGAUAAAAAAACAGCAAUAAGAGUAAGUAUUGCUGGGUGGACAAUGAGUACAAUAUCAACAUUACCUAUACCGUUAUAUGCUAUUUGGUGGUACUUAUGUCGACGUAACAAGAGUAGUACUCAACAGACAACAACAACUGUUGUAGACACAAUACCAAUGGAAACAGCUGAUGAAGAACAAGUAUUCAUUUAA